AUGGCAAACGACGAGUAUGAUUUCCUCUUCAAAGUUGUCCUCAUAGGAGAUUCCGGCGUUGGUAAAUCCAACCUUUUGAGCCGUUUCACGCGCAACGAGUUCAACCUCGACUCCAAGUCUACCAUCGGUGUCGAAUUCGCCACGCGCUCCAUCCAGGUUGAUGCCAAGACGAUCAAGGCCCAGAUUUGGGACACUGCUGGUCAGGAGCGCUACCGCGCCAUCACCUCCGCAUACUACAGAGGCGCCGUCGGUGCGCUGCUCGUCUACGACAUCAGCAAGCACCAGACGUACGAGAACGUCACCAGGUGGUUGAAGGAGUUGAGGGACCAUGCCGACUCGAACAUCGUCAUCAUGCUGGUUGGAAACAAGAGCGAUCUGCGGCAUCUGAGAGCUGUGCCCACCGAGGAGGCCAAGCAAUUCGCAAGCGAGAACAACCUUUCCUUCAUCGAGACGUCCGCUCUGGACGCCAGCAACGUCGAGCUUGCUUUCCAGAACAUCCUGACCGAGAUCUACCGCAUUGUCUCGCAGAAGGCACUGGACCAGGGCGACUCCGCACAAAACGCCAUUGGUGGCGAGCGCAGAGUUAUCGAGAUCACGAACUCGGCUGAGACCGAGGCGAAGCAGGGCAAGUGCUGCUAG